AUGGGGUUUCCAUGGUAGCAGGAUACACCCCUCCUAUUGGGGCUCAUAAAACCUUAGAAAUGCUCUAUACAUUUGCUCCUCCACACCCCAUCUCCCAUUCUUGUUUCCUUACAAACCCCAUCAAGAUUCUUCAUUCAGAUCUUCAUCAUCACCUCCACCUUCGUCUUCGUCCUUCCCACAAGAGAAUUCCCGCAUCCCAUUUCACCACUGCCAUCGUUUACACUCUAUCUGCCGUAGACAGCCGAGACAACGAGCAACACAACAAGGAAAAUCAUCGAAAUUCCCACCAUGAUGACGACGAUGACGAUAGUGCCUUCUUUAAUCGAUUUUACGAGUCUUCUCCUAUCUACUUGAACGACAGACGGGGGAAGAACGAUAGAAGACAGAUUAUCGGAGACGAAAUCAAAGAAAGUUUAGAUAGAGACAGGGGUGGAUUGAGUACUGUCAAUUUCGCAAACAUGUGGUGGGCAGACAUAAAAGCGGCAUUAGGGCAGAGGAUUAACGUGGAGGGAUUGCUUUUUUCAGUUUCGGUGAUUACUAGACACAAGAACUGGGUGAUGCCUCAUGUAUCAGUUCCUGAUAUAAGGUACAUUGAUUGGGCUGCCUUAAAGAGAAAAGGGUUUGAAGGUGUUGUCUUUGACAAGGACAAUACUCUUACUGUUCCUUACUCAUUGGCUUUAUGGGGGCCUCUUUCAGCGUCUGUAGACUCUUGCAAAUCUGUUUUUGGGAACAACAUUGCGGUUUUCAGCAACUCUGCUGGACUUCAGGAGUAUGACCCUGAUGGCAGGAAAGCUAGAGCACUUGAGUAUGUAAUUGGAAUUCGAGUAAUUAGACAUAAGGUGAAGAAGCCAGCUGGUUCAGCUGAAGAAAUUGAAAGACACUUUGGAUGUGAUUCGUCAAAACUCAUAAUGGUGGGUGAUCGUCCGUUUACAGACAUCGUGUACGGAAACAGAAAUGGCUUUCUUACUAUAUUAACUGCACCAUUGAGUCUUGCAGAGGAGCCUUUCAUUGUUAAGCAGGUGCGAAAAAUCGAAUUGGCUCUUGUAAAUCGGUGGUUGAAGAAGGGAUUAAAGCCGGCUAACGAGAGACUCCUUUCCGAUGCUUCGGAUUGCGUGAAAGAGUUACCACCUGUUUAAGGAAUUAAUGUAGUAGAAAACGAUAUCGUUUUUAUGUGGCACAAAUCGCCCAUGAUUUCUUUUUGUUAACGUUAUUAUUUGGUAAAUGAAACAAUAUGCUUUGCUUGUGUAA